AGUCCCAAACUCACAGCAGAUUUCAUACUGUCUGUAUAGAAGUUUUACUUUGAAAGGUCUCCCCGGAACCCGCCCUUCUUCUGAAACGUGUCGCUUAUUUCUCGACCACCGGGUCGUUGAGUGGUUGGACCCUUUCUGUGUCCGCGGGGAGAAAGGGGUUAAGCGGACAUUUGGAAAGACCCUGUCGUGGCGUAUAAAGGGCCCGUUACCCACGCAGUCCGGCGGCCUGUGCUGGCACCACAGCGGCAGUGAUGCAGCCUUCUCCGUCGUCUCUACAAAGGCACACAGAAACGCGUCGGUAACCGAGAGAGACACGGCAGACCAGCGGAGUCUGCCGCCCGGGGCCCCCUCGCCCUCCCUCACCGCUGCCUCCUCCUGACCCGGCAUGCGAGGAUGUCCAGGAAGAUAAGGAGCGGCAAAGGUCGAGCAGCGAGCCGGAUCGAUGCUCCCACGGCCGGUGAAGUAGACUCGACAAAAACCGUGUAGUUCGCCUGAACCCUGGCAGGAUUGGGCUCGGCUUCUCGGUGGCUUCCAGAGACUCUCAGGAUGAGGAAACCCAGAGUGAUCCGGAUGGUUUUUGCCUUGUCCCUGGGAUGUUUCGUCAUGGUCAUAUUCUACUUUAACAGCAGUCUGAAGCCAGCCUCAGAGGCGGUGGGUGAAAGCGGCAGCAGACAGAAGUCGAGGAGGAGUCCUCUACAGACGCUGUACGAUGGCGAUCAGGUUGAGUCGGCGGUACAGGCGAUCCAUCAGGGCAGACGGGAGCUGCUGGAAGAAGCUUGUCGCUCCUAUACCCGCAAACGCAGAGUCCUCAUCCCCGAGGACCUGAAGCACAUCAUCGUGGACGACCAGCACGGCUUGCUCUACUGCUACGUGCCCAAAGUGGCCUGCACCAACUGGAAGCGGGUGCUCAUGGUUCUGACGGGCGUUGCCGGGUCCAACAGAGACCCUCUCGCAAUCCCUGCCAACGAGGCCCACAUCCCCGGAAACCUCCGCACACUUUCUGAGUACUCCACCUCCCAGAUCAAUCAGCGGCUGCGCUCAUACCUGAAGUUCGUCUUCGUGCGCGAGCCCUUUGAGCGGCUGGUGUCUGCGUACCGCAACAAAUUCACACGGAGCUACAACACAGCCUUCCAUAAACGAUACGGCACAAAGAUAGUGCGGCAGCACAGGCCGGACCCGCAGCCGGAAGCUCUGGAGAAAGGAAAUGACGUCUCCUUUGAGGAGUUUGUCUAUUACCUCGUGGACCCAGCCACCCAGCGAGAAGAGCCCUUCAACGAGCACUGGGAGCGGGUGCACUCACUGUGCCACCCCUGCCUCAUCCACUAUGACGUGGUGGGGAAAUACGAGACGCUGGAGCAGGACUCCCGCUACGUGCUGCAGCUGGCCGGGGUGGAGGACCAGGUCAGCUUCCCCGCCUCGUCCAAGAGCACCAGGACUACAGGAGACAUGGCUGCCCAGUUCUUCCACAACAUCAGCCCUUUUUAUCAGAAGAAGCUGUAUAAUCUCUAUCGCAUGGACUUCCUGCUCUUCAAUUACUCUGUACCAGCCUACCUCAAGUUUAGAUGAGGCUGGAUUUCACUCGCGCACACAGAAACUAAAUUACAGAGCCUGGACACCUGCAGAAGAAGCUUCUCCACUGCAAGUUCUGUUUUAAGAGAAAGAAGAGCAAUCCUUAUCAGAGCUCCAAAGAAAACUAAUUUUAUUCUUGAGACCGAACAUUGCGAUGGAGAACUCUUGAAGGAAUCAUAAGAUCAACAUUGAUGCCUGAAAAAAUAAAACAAAAAUUUUAAAAAAGGCAAA